CCGUCUCCACCGCCGCCGACCCGGAGGCCGGGCUGCUGGAAGCCGCCCGCGCCGCCCCGCGCCGCAGCAGCAUCAUCAAGGACCCGGCAAACCAAAAAUGUGGAAGAAAGAAGACAGUGUCCUUCAGCAGUAUGCCAUCGGAGAAGAAGAUAAGUAGCGCAAGCGACUGUAUCAGCUUCAUGCAAGCUGGUUGUGAACUCAAGAAAGUCCGACCAAGCUCCCGUAUUUAUAACCGAUUUUUUACUCUUGAUCCCGACUUGCAAGCUCUUCGCUGGGAACCAUCUAAAAAAGAUAUUGACAAGGCUAAACUUGAUAUUUCUGCUGUGAAAGAGAUCCGGUUAGGCAAAAACACUGAAACAUUCAGGAAUAAUGGUCUUGCAGAUCAGAUUUCUGAAGACUGUGCCUUCUCUAUAAUUCAUGGGGAGAAUUAUGACUCGCUAGACUUGGUUGCCAAUUCAGCAGACGUGGCCAACAUUUGGGUGUCAGGUUUGAGGUACCUGGUUUCUCGUAGCAAGCAAUCAUUGGAUUUGAUAGAAGGUAAUCAGAAUACUCCCCGGUUUGCAUGGCUUACAUCUGUAUUUGAAGAGGCAGAUGUUGACGGUAAUGGGAUCAUGUUGGAAGAUACAGCAGUAGAAUUAAUAAAACGCUUGAACCCUGCCUUAAAGGAGUCAAAGAUUAGGUUAAAAUUUAAGGAAAUCCAGCGGAGCAAAGAGAAGCUAACAACCCGUGUAACAAAGGAGGAGUUUUGUGAAGCUUACACUGAACUUUGCACUAGACCAGAAGUCUAUUUUUUGCUCGUGCAGAUCUCUAAAAACAAAGAAUACCUAGACGCAAAUGACCUCAUGCUUUUUUUAGAAGCCGAGCAAGGAGUGAUGCACAUAACCGAGGAAAUGUGUCUUGAUAUCAUUCGCAGGUAUGAAUUCUCUGAGGAAGGACAGUUGAAAGGUUUUCUUUCAAUUGAUGGAUUUACCCAAUAUUUGUUGUCCCCAGAAUGUGACAUCUUUGAUCCUGAGCACCAGAAGGUUGUCCAAGACAUGACUCAGCCUUUGUCACAUUACUACAUCAAUGCAUCUCACAAUACCUACCUAAUAGAAGACCAGGUACGAGGACCAGCAGAUAUCAAUGGUUAUGUCAGAGCAUUGAAGAUGGGCUGCAGAAGUAUUGAGCUGGAUGUUUGUGAUGGUCCUGAUAACGAGCCCAUCAUUUGCAGUCGUAAUAGCAUGACAUCACCUCUUGCCUUUCGCUGUGUUAUUGAGGUAAUCAACAAAUUAGCCUUCAUUUCUUCAGAGUACCCUCUCAUUCUUUGCUUGGGAAACCACUGUUCUAUACAACAACAGAAGGUCAUGGUUCAGCAGAUGAAGAAAGUCUUUGGAAAUAAGCUCUACACAGAUACUCCAUUAUCAUCGGAAGCAUACCUCCCAUCUCCAGAGAAACUAAAAAUGAAGAUCAUAAUUAAAGGGAAGAAGUUACCAUACGGUCAAGAUUUGAUGGAGGGCGAGGUUACCGAUGAGGAUGAAGAAGCUGAAAUUUCUCGAAGAAUGUCAGAAGAAUCCUUGGUGGAACCAAAGAUGACCUGGUUAUGCAAGGGGCUCUCUGAUAUGGUAUCUAUAUGCAAAUCUGUCAAGUUCACAGAUUUUGAGAGCUCCAUGAAGAGUCAGAACUAUUGGGAAAUCUGCUCCUUCAGUGAAUCAGAGGCCAGUAGAAUUUCAAAUGAGUAUCCAGAGGACUUUGUAAACUAUAACAAGAAAUUUCUGUCUAGAAUAUACCCUAGUGCCAUGAGAAUAGAUUCCAGUAACUUAAACCCGCAAGAUUUUUGGAACUGUGGCUGCCAAAUAGUAGCAAUGAACUAUCAAACUCCAGGACCAAUGAUGGAUUUACAUACUGGAUGGUUUCUACAAAACGGGGUGUGUGGGUAUGUCCUUAGACCUUCUGUUAUGCGGGAAGAGGUUUCAUACUUCAGCGCAAAUACAAAGGGCAUAGUUCCAGGGGUCUCUCCUCAAGUUUUACAUGUCAAAAUCAUCAGCGGUCAGAACUUUCCAAAGCCCAAAGGAGCAUGUGCCAAGGGGGAUGUCAUAGAUCCCUAUGUGUGCAUAGAAGUCCAUGGUAUUCCUGCAGACUGCGCUGAGCAGAGAACAAAAACAGUUCAGCAGAACAGUGAUAACCCUAUUUUCGAUGAGAGCUUUGAGUUCCAGAUAAAUCUGCCCGAACUUGCCAUGAUCCGUUUUGUUGUACUGGAUGAUGAUUAUAUUGGCGAUGAGUUCAUUGGCCAAUAUACCAUCCCCAUGGAAUGCCUACAGCCGGGUUAUCGGCACGUACCUUUGCGUUCCUUUGUGGGAGACGUUAUGGAGCAUGUGACGCUUUUUGUACACAUUGCCCUAACUAACCGAAGCGGUGGAGGAAAGGCUCAAAAACGCAGCCUGGGGGUUAGAAUAGGGAAAAAAACAAGAGACUAUACCAUGCUGCGGAACACUGGCCUUAAGUCUAUAGAUGACAUCUUCAAAGUUGCGGUCCAGCCACUAGGAGAGGCAACUGACAUGAGAGACAACAUGCAGAACGCAAUUGUAUCUGUCAAAGAGCUCUGUGGACUCCCGCCGAUUACCAGUCUGAAGCAGUGCAUUUUGACCCUGUCUUCGCGGCUGGUGAACAGCGACAACGUCCCCUCGGUGGUUCUCAACAUGAAAGACAACUUUCCUUAUCUGGAACCUUUGGGGACGCUGACGGACGUCCAGAAGAAGGUUCUAGCUGCAUAUGACAUGAUGAUUCAGGAAAGCAGGGUUCUUAUAGAAACAGCAGACGCCAUUUAUGACAAGAUUGUUCAGUGCCAGAAAACAGGAAUGGAAUUCCAUGAAGAGCUUCAUAACCUGGGAACAAGAGAAGGUCUAAAAGGGAGGAAGCUCAGCAAAGCCAUUGAAAGUUUUGCGUGGAAUAUCACUGUGCUUAAGGGACAAGGCGACCUACUGAAGAAUGCCAGAAACGAAGCCCUGGAGAACAUGAAGCAGAUCCAGUUGGCCUGUUCGUCGUGCGGACUGAGCCGAGCCGGCAGCGGGAGUGCGGACGCCAAGUCCAAGCGUAGCCUUGAGGCGAUUGAAGAAAAGGAGACGGGGGACGAGAACGGGAGACCGUGA